AUGACUGCCCCGGCUUCGCCGCCAAGUCGCCUCGAUCCCUCCGAGCUAGGAACCAAAGAAUACUGGAAUAAGCUCUACACGCGCGAGCUGUCCAACCACGCCUCGGACCCGCACGAUAUCGGCACCGUCUGGUUCGACGACUCGGACGCCGAGGCCAAAAUGGUGCGGUUCCUCGACGGCCUCGCCGGCCUCCCCCGGAGCUCCGCCUCCAUCCUCGAUCUCGGCUGCGGAAACGGCUCCAUGCUGCUCGCCCUCCGCGCGGGCGACUGGACCGGCCGCGCCCUGGGCGCCGACUACAGCCCCCAGAGCGUCGCGCUGGCCAGGCAGGUCGCCGCGGCGGAAGCCCUCGGCGGAGGCGGCGACUGCCCGCCCCUCGAGUUUCGCGAGUGGGACAUCAUGUCCGGGCCGUACGCGGCGGUCCUGGACGGCGCGCAGGAGUCUGGGUGGGACGUGGUUCUCGACAAGGGCACCUUUGACGCCGUCUGCUUGUCAGGCGAAAAGAUCCAGGACAGGCGGCUGUGCGAGCUGUACUGCGCCAGGGUCCUCCCUCUGGUCAAGAAGGGGGGCGUGCUGCUGGUGACGAGCUGCAACUGGACCGAGGACGAGCUGACCAGGUGGUUUCAGCGCGAGGGCGGUGGCGUGCGUGACGCUGCUGAUGGUGCUGCUGCUGCUGCUGCUGCUGCUGCUGCUGCUGAUGCUGAUGCUGAUGCUGAUGCUGAUGCCGAUGCUGCCGCGGGGCCGAGGUUUGCGGUCGUUGGCAAGGUCGACUACCCGUCUUUUAGUUUUGGAGGCGUCAAGGGGCAGACUAUCAGCACGCUGUGUUUUAGAAAGGAGUAG